AUGGGGGUCAGUAGCGACAGCCUGCAAGCGUGGUUCGCACAGGAUAGUCGAAAGCACAGGACAAUGAUGCUCGGUUUUGCUCAGACCAGUAUCUACCAUGGAUGUCCUGAUAUCUCGCGCGUGCGUUUCCGGGUAACCCUCUGGUACGCCACUCGUGGUGAUUCUGACGCAGCCGCUGGGUCUACGGUCAAGGCCAGGGGAUGUGGCAUUUCAACGGAGGACCCGUCCAGGGGACCCUGUGGAGUGUUCUCAAUCGGUAAUAGUAGCGCUGCCAUUCCAAAGCAGCCUAGCGUCGCUGCUGAAGUUCGACGCUACAGCGAGGAUAUCGGCUGGCAAGAACGGCUCAUUACUCCUCUAGAGGAGGCAGUGUUCUUGAGUGUUUCAUGCCAUAUACAGGCAGAAAGUCGGAAGUUCGAGCUUUACCGAAAGCACAUCCAGCUCCUCAGGGAGGGAAAAGAAGUCCCGUACACUCGCUUUAGUAACAUUAUAUACACUUUUACGGAUCGGGACCUGUCAGACGGCUGCAUUCCAAAGCCGGUUCAAGCUUUCCACGAUCGAUAUGCGAGCCCUCCUUUGAGCAACACCGCCAUCGGGCCAGCCCCUAUGGCAAAGCUGCGGAUGGAGCCUGGGCUUGGCGCCGCAGUGCUCAGCGCUGCCGACCUGUUUUACUGUGAAACGAUGUAUAUCAUGGCUUCAAUCGAGUGCUACGGGCAACCCGCGGAGGACGUGGUUCUCUGCCACAUCACUUACAGCCGAAACGGCGGCGUCGUAAGGAUGACACCUGGUUUCUCUGACUACGGCAAAACAUUCCGAGCGGUGACCCAACGGGGCGUAGCUUAUGAGUACACGAUCGACGACGUGACGCAGUAUGAAGAGGAAAUCGGCGAGGCGAGGCCCGUGUCGCAUACCGUUCACCUCACAGCGAAACGGCCGCCCGUCUCACUCGGUCGGGAGGUCCUGUGGUCUGCUUGCGGAGAAAUUCAAAGCUUCGACAGGAUCAGAGCUGAUGAAGAUGACACUUUCAGUGUAGAAGCAGACCAGCCCGACGUACCCACUCAGAACGCACCAGUUGAAAGUCGGUGCGGUGUAGACGUUCUCGCCCAGCAAGCCUGGUCUAUAGACCAUAUUGGAGACGGUUUCAAGCGCCGCCAGGACAAAAAAGCAGACAAGUAUGUGAUUGGCAUGCUUCCUGUGGAGUGCGUAUGA